CCGCGCGCGGAUUGAGUCAAGUGAAACUACCGAGAGGUGGUGUUGACCGACCGCUGCCGGUUUUCAGUAAGAAAACUGCAAAACCUAACUUUCUACGGCAACUGACAUUGACGUUUAGGACUUGAUUUUUAACGGAAGGGUCAGCGGUGCCGAACUCGAGGCGACGCGACAGCGAGAAGAAAGUAAAUCCCGGAGGGAAAGCGUCUGAAGUGAGCUAGAGGAUCAAAGCUAACGCUAACGCUAACGUAGCCAGCUAGUGCUAAAUAAUUGCACGAAAACUCGUGUUUUUUUUUAUCUGUCGCUUGCUUCGACAUAACCUAUAUGGUUACAAAGUAGAUAGUGGGGAGUGAGUCUGUUAAGUUAUAUGUUACGUUUAAUUUAAACGGAGGUAUUUUGGCUUUACAUUGUAGGCCACAAGCGACUCGUACUCAGUUGGCGAGAUUAGCUACAGUAGCCGGGCUAAUUGAGGUUACCCGGCUCUGCUCUCCUCAGGACAGGUGAUACUGUUAAACAUAGCUCACUGCUAAACAAACUUAACAUCGUGAGUAUCACUGUUUAUAAGUUCGCUUACACGCGAUACUCUUUAAGCCUUGUGCUUCGCAAUGCUAAAACAACAGCAGCAGCCCGGCACAGGCGGGAGAAAAGCAUCUAACGGAACCACGGGCCCCGCCAGUAUGUCUUCCCCAGUCAGCGGCACCAACAACAGCAACAGGACACCGGCCGGGAGGAAUCGACCCUCUGCAAAGCCAUCAUUCCAGUCAUCACCUGUUUUUGAGGGUGUAUACAACAAUGCCAGAAUGCUUCAUUUCCUCACAGCUGUCGUGGGUUCCACCUGUGACAUAAGAGUCAAGAAUGGCAGUGUAUUUGAAGGCAUAUUCAAGACUCUGAGUUCUCGGUGUGAGUUGGCUGUGGAUGCUGUACACAAACGCAGUGAGGACGACGGAUCAACGUCGGCUCCGCCACGGAGGGAAGACAUCACUGACACUAUGAUCUUUAGCCCUUCAGAUCUGGUGACAAUGAUCUGCAGAGAUGUUGACCUCAACUAUGCCACCAGAGACACCUUCACAGACACAGCCAUCACCUCCACCCGCGUCAAUGGAGAGCACAAGGAGAAAGUGUUGCAAAGAUGGGAGGGGGGAGACAGCAACGGAGAGAGUUAUGAUCUGGAAAAUGAUGCGUCCAACGGCUGGGAUGCCAAUGAAAUGUUCCGUUUCAAUGAAGUAAAAUAUGGAGUAACAUCAACGUAUGAUUCCAGCCUCUCUAUGUAUACUGUGCCACUAGAAAGAGGCAACUCCGAUGUGUAUCGGCAGAGGGAGGCACGCGCAGCUCGCCUAGCCAGUGAGAUCGAGUCCAGCCCCCAGUAUCGUCAUCGUGCCAACCUGGAAAAUGAUGAGGGCAGAAGCGAGGAAGACAAAUUCAGUGCUGUGUUGCGUGACGGCGGUGAUCGGGAGAGGGGUCGCGAGAGUCCACGAGACAGAGACCGUGAAAGGGGACGAGACAGCCCCGGAGCCAGCAACAGGGAGGGCAAGUACAUUCCAUUACCUCAGCGUCAGAGAGAGAUGAACCGGGAGCGUGAGCGAGCUGAGAGAGGUGCUGGCGGGCCUCCACCCCAUAACCGUCUGAGUGGAGGUUACCGCUCUGCCCCUCCAUCCUCCUCAUCCCCCAGACCCCCCCUGCCCUCUGCUGCAGGGCCACAAACCGGCAUCUCCCCAUCGGAGAGAAGCAGCCCUCUGUCAGGGCGAAGUGGGGCCUACGCCCCCCACCAUCCCCAGGGAAGCCCCAGCCCAGGCCCCGGCUCUGGUCCCGCAAGCCCGUACACGCCUGCCUCACCCGGUGGACCCGCUCCUACGCCAACCUCUGCUUCUGCUGCCCUUUCCCCUGGCAGCCCCCCGGCCCCGCAAGGACACACAGUCUCUCAUUCUCAUUCACUCCCACACUCACUUACUGAUGCAGGCAGGCCUGUUAAUGGUGUCUCUGCUAGAACUUCCCCUAAAGCCCAAAGACCACCACAGUCGAGCAGGUCGGCCCGUACUCCAAACUCACACACUCAGUCCACAGCAACUCGCUCUCCUAAAUCAGGCUCUUCCCAGGACACGCCUUAUUUAGACACUUCCUCUGUCAGCCUACCUGCCCAGAAGACGUCUGGCCCCGCUCCUCUCUUCCCUGUAGAUGUGAAUGAGAUUCUUGGUGCAGCUGCAAAAGAACGUUCAGCUGAGAGUCCCAGCAGCACAGAGGAAAGCAAGAGUAGUAAAGCACCCUCGGUGCUGCACAGGUCACAGAUCGAGGCGCUGAGGAAAUUUGGCAAGGAAUUUAGGCUCCAGCCAAGCGGAGGCAGCUCUAGCUCUCCCAGCUCUCCAGCUACAGCCACCCCUCCUGCUGUCAGUGAGGUGUCCCAGCCCGGCUCAGCCAAACCUUCACCCUCAGACGCUCACCCUGCUUCAGACUCUAAACCACAGCCUCUAGCUUCCAACCCCUCUCAGCCUCAACCUCAGCAGUCACCUGCUCCCGCUGAGGACCUCACCAAGGAUACCACAGCUACACCUGGUCCCCCAACAGCUGUCGCCAUAGCAGCCGUUUCAGACAGGCAGUCCCCGGCUGUCCCACAGCCAGCCAGGACUCCAGGAAGUGAGGAGGGCAGGUCUGAGACAGAGGGCGUGGCAGACCAAGUCAAGAAAUCCACCUUAAACCCCAACGCUAAAGAGUUCAACCCUAACAAACCUCAGAUGCCUAUGACAAAGCCCAACACUGCACCCACUCCACCUCGGCCAACCCCUCCAAGCCCAGUGGUCCUUCAGCAUCCCGGCGGACAGGGGCCUCUCUACACCACUCCCUACCUCUCCUACGUCUCACAGAUCCACCCUGUGCAGCCUCCACCAAUGUACCAAUACACAAUGUCUACAGUCAACCAGGGAAAAUACCCCAGGACCAAAGGAUCAGUCGUGGCUCCCCGCUCUGACCAUGGUACCUCAGCGCCCCCGCUGCUGCAAACUGCAGCCUCAGCGGCUGGAGCUCCACUGGUGGCUUCUCCGUACCCACAGUCCUACCUUCAGUACAACCCGCAGCAGUACGGCCAGCAGCAGGUCCUCCAGGCCAUGACACCUUACCCUGGACAGCCGAUGUACUCCAUGCUGCAGGGUGGAGCCAGAAUGAUCAGUCAAGGUGGGGGUCCACAUCCCCAAGCCCUGGGGCCGCCAGGAGGCCCCCAGUAUGCUACGCAAGGAGAUGGGCCUCAGGGACCUCAGCAGGGCAUCUACGCUCCACAGUCGUUCUCCCACCACUCUGGUGCAGUACAUCAGCCUCAGCCCUCCAGUACUCCAACAGGCAACCAGCCUCCACAACACACUGCACCAAGCCCUGGACAGAAUGCUCAGUCAGCUCCACAGCCACAGUCCCUGUACCACUCGGGUCCUCUGUCAGCACCCACCCCGCCCAACAUGCCCCCCGGCCACACGUCUCCACAGGGAUCUUACCCCAUUCAGGGCUACAGCAUCCACAGCCACCAGGGCAUCCCUCCGUCAUACCCCCUGGGACAGAUCGCACAGGCCAUGUCAGGUCCUCACCACUCGGGGAGCCACGGUCAGCCCCAGUUAGUGAUGUUGCAGCCUCCACCACAGCAGGGUCCAGGCUCAGUGCCCCAGCACCCUCAGCAUGGACCUCAGCAAGGAGCACACCAGCACUUCUACAUAGGGCAUCCACAAGCAAUGCAGGUACAAACGCACCCUGCAUCCUUCCAUCCACCUGGAAACUGAAGCCCUCCACAGUCUCCACCACCCCCACCCUCCCUACAUUGCUCCCUGGAAUGAACCCCAAUUUCCCCACCUCUUGCUGGAUUCAAGGCCCAGACUGAAGCAGGCUGACGUGGACCGUACAGAGAAGACAGCUCGAGUCUCACAGCACCUUAUUAUUCUGCUGUAGUGUUGUUCAUCAGCCCCGAGCGAGGAGGAUGCGUUUAAUGCUAAGAUGAUGACGACGACGGCGGCGGCAGCAGCAGCGGCAGCAGCAUCAUCUGACCCCCUGCUACCAUCCUGCUCUCCUUUUCACCUUCUUCCCUCUUCAGACAAAGAACGCCUCGCCGGGCAAACGCAUCACAGACGA